AUUAAUUUAUAGAAAACUUAGUAUUUCUUUAUUUUUUAAAUUUUAAUGAAAUUAAGUUUAAUACACACUACAUUUUUGUUUUAAUAAUCAGUCAUCUUUAUAAAAAUACUAGAGAUCAAUUUUUUAGAUGCUAAAAUAAUAAUGUUACGGUUUUGUUGUUUUAGUUCUUCAUAUAAAUCAUUUCAUUCUUUAGUUUUGAAGCCAAUAAUUAGAACUCAAAUACCACAUAGAAGUUAUAAUAAUCUUUUAAGGAUAAAACCUAUAUCAAAAAUCAGCCCUUUAUGGGUUGUUAUUGGAUCAACAGGUUAUAUUGGUGUAAAAUGUAUAUUUAAUAGUCAUAAUAUUGCCUAUUGCGAACAGCGUGAAAUUAUUAAGGAUCCCAAAAACAAAUUUGAUUGGAAAAAAUUGUUAUCUUAUAUAUCACCAGAUAUUCUUAAUUUAUUAACUGCUAUAAUUGCAGCAUUUAUUGUAGCUUUGUGUAAUUUGAGUAUCCCAACAUAUUUACAAAAAUUAAUAAAUACCAUACUUCAAUUUGCCAGAGAAAAUAUUCAGUUCAAUUAUGUAGAGCUCUCAAUACCAUUAUCUAAAUUAUUAGUCCUCUACUUAGCACAAGGAAUAUCAACUUUUAUAUGCAUUAGUAUGCUCUCUAACGUUGGUGAAAAUGUUGCAAUACGCAUGAGGUAUAAUCUAUUUUCAUCAAUUUUACAACAAGAAUUAGAAUUCUUUGAUAAAACACGAACUGGGGAUAUUUUACAAAGAUUGACUACAGAUGUCCAAGAGUUCAAAAGUUCAUUUAAACUUGUCAUUAUACAAGGCUUGAAAAAUGUCACACAAUUAAUUGGUGGAAUAUACACUCUAUAUAACACAUCUCCAGAAAUGACAGUUGCUGUUGCAGUUGUUCUUCCAUCAAUAAUUGUAAUUGGUACUUUUUUUGGGUCGAUUUUGAGAAAAUUAAGUAAACAAGCCCAAGAACAAAAUACAAAAGCUACUAUUAUAGCUGAAGAAGUUGUUGGAAAUAUAAGAACUGUCCGUGCAUUUGCUUCUGAACAUGAAGAAUGUGAACGAUUUUUAAGAGAAAUUGAAAAUAAUGGUUUACUACAUAAAAAAUUAGGUUAUGGUAUUGGUUUAUUUCAAGCUGGUAGUAAUAUAUUUUUAAAUGGUAUUGUUUUGGGAACAAUCUUUCUUGGAGGAAAAUUAAUGACUACCAGUAAACUUGACCCUGGACAACUCAUGUCUUUUUUAAUGGUAACUCAAAUGUUACAACAUUCCAUGGCACAAUUUUCAUUGUUAUUUGGUCAUUAUGUAAAAGGAAUUGCUGCUGGUUCUAGAAUAUUUGAAUUCAUUGAAAAAAUUCCAAAAUCACCCUUGAGUGGAGGUUUGAAAAUACCUUAUCAUACCUUUAAGCCUGAAAUUGAAUUUGAAAAUGUUACUUUUUCAUACCCUACACGAUCAGAUCAAAUAAUAUUAAAUAAUUUCAAUCUCAAAGUAGCUCCUGGAAAAACUGUUGCUGUGGUUGGUUCAUCUGGUAAUGGAAAAUCUACUAUUGCUGCUUUAUUAAUGAGGUUUUACGAUGUCAACAGUGGUUCUAUUAAAGUUAGUGGUGAAGAUAUCAAAAAUAUUGAUCAAACAUGGUUUCGAAAGCGUGCAAUAGGAUUAAUAAAUCAGGAACCAAUUCUUUUUGCUAUUUCUAUACUAGAAAAUAUACGGUAUGGAAAGCCAGAUGCUAAAGAUGAGGAGGUUAUUGAAGCAGCUAAAAUUGCAAAUGCUCAUCCAUUUAUUACUUCUUUUCCUAAUGGGUAUAACACAAUUGUUGGUGAAAGGGGAGUUACAGUUUCUGGAGGACAAAAACAGAGAAUUGCCAUUGCUAGAGCUAUAUUAAAAAAUCCAUACAUACUUGUUUUGGAUGAAGCAACUAGUGCACUAGACACAGAAUCAGAAAUGCUAGUUCAAUCAGCUAUAGAGUCUAUAUCCAAGGGUAAAACAACAUUAGUAAUUGCUCAUCGUUUGAGCACAGUUAAAAAUGCUGAUAUCAUUGUAGUUUUGAACAAAGGAGAAAUUGUUGAAAUUGGAAAUCAUGAAAAUUUGUUAAAGAAAAAAGGAUUUUACUGGAAUCUUAUGAAUCAGCAAACCUCCAAUAAAGCUAAAGCUGCAUAAUUGUUAGAAAUAAUUUUUGUUGAUAUUAAAUUUAUAUUGUUAAUAUUUUUUUUUUUUUGUUAAAAUUUAUCAAUUAAUAUAUCAAGUGUUAUAAAUUAAUAAUUUUUUGAUGCAAUUGUUGCUUUAUUUGCGUUAAGUAUUAAUUUUUGACAUUUUUUUAAAGUUUUUUAUAUCUUUAAUGAUUUGAAUAAAAAACUAGUGACAAUU